UCAGGGUAUAUGGUGUGAGGUGGGUGGGGCGCUGGGCAGCCCAGCGGCGCUGGCAGGAAACCAGACAGACUCUUGAGAAAGUGCUGGUCCAUCUCUACUGAAAAAAGCCAUGAGAUACUGAAAAGUACCUGCUGGCUCUCAGUGGGCUGCUCGCCUGCACUGGAGCACAGUCUUACAGCUCUGCAUUUCUUCCUCUUCUUCUGAGCCAAAGGCCAUGUCGCCUCCUGGAAAAGUUCCCCGGAAGGAAAACCUGGGGCUCCAGUGCGAGUGGGGGUCCUGCUCCUUUGUGUGCUCAGCCAUGGAGGAGUUCUUCGACCAUGUCACUCAGCACCUGCAGCAGCACAUACAGGGUUCUAAGGAGGAGGAAGAAGAGGAUCCGCUAGAGGAAGAAUUCUCCUGCUUGUGGCAGGAGUGUGGCUUUUGCUCUCUGGACAGUUCUGCCGACCUCAUCCGCCAUGUCUACUUCCACUGCUACCACACCAAGCUGAAACAGUGGGGGCUGCAAGCCUUACAAAGCCAGGCUGACCUCAGCCCCUGCAUCCUGGACUUCCAGAGCCGGAACGUCAUCCCUGACACCCCUGACCAUUUCCUGUGCCUGUGGGAGCAUUGCGAGAGUGUCUUCGACAAUCCUGAGUGGUUCUAUCGGCACGUGGAUGCGCACAGCCUGUGCUGUGAAUACCAAGCUGUCAGCAAGGACAACCAUGUGGUGCUGUGUGGCUGGAAAGGCUGUACCUGUACCUUCAAGGACCGGUGUAAGCUUCGAGAACACCUCCGCAGCCACACCCAGGAGAAGGUGGUGGCCUGUCCCACUUGUGGGGGCAUGUUUGCCAACAACACCAAGUUCCUAGAUCACAUCCGUCGGCAGACCUCAUUGGAUCAGCAGCGUUUCCAGUGCUCCCACUGUUCCAAGAGAUUUGCCACAGAGAGGCUCUUGCGUGAUCACAUGCGGAACCAUGUGAAUCACUAUAAAUGCCCUUUGUGUGACAUGACCUGCCCACUGCCUUCUUCCCUCCGGAAUCACAUGCGCUUUCGACACAGUGAAGACCGGCCCUUUAAAUGUGACUGUUGUGACUACAGCUGUAAGAAUCUGAUUGACCUCCGGAAGCACCUGGACACCCACAGCAAGGAGUCAGCCUACAGGUGUGACUUUGAGAACUGCAGUUUCAGUGCCCGAUCGCUCAGCUCCGUCAAGUCCCAUCACCGCAAAGUGCAUGAAGGAGACUCAGAGCCAAGGUACAAAUGUCAUGUCUGUGACAAAUGCUUCACUCGUGGCAACAACCUCACUGUGCACCUUCGCAAGAAGCACCAGUUCAAGUGGCCCUCAGGACACCCUCGUUUUCGGUACAAGGAGCAUGAGGAUGGCUACAUGCGGCUACAGCUAGUUCGGUAUGAGAGUGUGGAGCUGACACAGCAGUUGCUGCAGCAGCUACAAGAAGGAUCAGAUCCAGGAUUGGCACUGAAUGAGAGCAGCCUACAGGGCAUUGUUCUAGAAACAGUGCUAGGGGGGCCAGGACCUGAGGAAGAGACAGAAGAAGAAGGUAGGGUUGUUGAGGGGACAGCCCUCUCAGCUUCUCAGGACAACCCCAGUUCUGCCCUCCAUAUGGUCAGUCAGACAGAUGCCCAAGGCCAGCGAGACCUUGUCUACUAUGUGCUGUCCGAAGCCCCAGGAGAGCCCCCGCCAGUCUCUGAAACCCUCAAGAGAGAUGGAAAAGCUUCAAGGGAUACCCAAGGAGCCAGACGUCCAGAUGGGCUGAGGCUGCAGAGCCUGACCAGUCCUACUCCAGAUCUUGGAGUUUGAACCAGGCAGGAAGCAGUGCCCAGUGGGCAGCCUUUGUUCUUGGAUGCCUUUAGAAGUGGUGCUGAGAACAGUGUGUUUCCCCUCUGACUCAGGAGACAUCAUUCUGUAGACUCUGGGGAGUUUGGAUUCACUGAGGAAAUCCUACAUGUAUGUUCUCAGGAGCUGUUACCAGGUUUAAGCAUACUCCCUUGGCAUGCUAGACAGUGAGUAAAUAUUUAGUCCACAUCCAUUCCAAUCUCCCAUCGACCCAGGGAUGAGGGACUGUUCCUUAUGAGGGCCGUUUCCUCACUGUAAGUUAAGCAUUGAGAACCAGGUGCCAUUUCUCUCAAGGUUUCCCUUUACAUUCCAGGGACACUUGUUAUCUUCAGGGACAGGAUUGGGAUACUGUGUGUGUGUGACAGUUAUUUUUUUGGUAAUAAAAGAAACACUUGGGGUGUUA